CAAGCUAUAUAGCUCAGCACUAGUCCUGCACUGCUACCCGUCGCUGCGAGAAGCUAACAAUGGAAGACUCGUCGUCGAUGCUGCCGCGUUUGACACCACGGCGGAUCCCAAAGAGGCCCCUCAAUGGCGUUGGGAGCACCGGUGAGUACGGAACCGGCCGCGGGGUUUUCCUCACGUGGCAGGAUGUUUCGGUAACGGCUGUCGAUGAGAAGGGGAAGCACAAGCUGAUUCUCGACAGGGUCACCGGCGGCGCGCGCCCGGGCCAAUUGCUGGCUCUCAUGGGAGCAUCCGGCAGCGGCAAGACCACCCUUCUUGACACUCUAUCCGGUAGACUCGGGGUAGACAUGAAUGGAACAGGAGAUAUCUUGGUCAACGGCCGACGGGAGAGGCUUUCCUACGGCACCUCGGCAUAUGUAACCCAAGAGAAUACGUUGAUGACCACGCUGACGGUGAAAGAAGCCAUCCACUACGCCGCACAGCUCCAGCUGCCGGGAUCCAUGCCGCCGGCAAAGAAGCUAGCGCGCGUCGACCGCAUCAUUCGGGAGAUGGGGCUGGGCGCUGUGGCCUGCUCGCGGAUCGGCGGCCGGGUAUGCAAGGGCAUCAGUGGCGGGGAGCGGAAGCGGGUGAGCAUCUGCAUGGAGCUGCUCGCGUCGCCGGGCCUGCUCUUCCUCGACGAGCCCACGAGUGGGCUCGACAGCGCCGCCGCGUACCAUGUCAUGGCACACAUCGCAAGGCUCGCCCGGACCACUGGGAUAACGGUGGUCGCCGCCGUUCACCAGCCGAGCGCCGAGGUGUUCGACCUCUUCAAUGGGCUGUGCCUGCUAGCGAAUGGGAGGAUGGUGUAUUUUGGACGAAUUCCUGAGGCAGCUGAGUUCUUCACCGACAAUGGCUUUCCAUGUCCCUUGAGGAGGAAUCCUUCUGAUCACUACCUACGAAUUAUAAACAAAGAUUUUGAUGAGGAAAUAUCCAGUCUCGAAUCUCCAAGUGCAGCUGAAGCAAUUGAAACUCUUGUUAAUUCUUUCAUAUCUCUCAACAAUUUGGCAACCAGCAUGCAGGCAAUGGGGACAGAGAAUGAUGUUCUGCCAUUAAUUAAGGAAAGGCAAGCUGGUUUCUUUACCAAAUUGCUUGUGCUUACCAAAAGAUCGAGCGUGAACAUGCACCGAGACAUAGGCUACUACUGGUUGCGAUUUGCAAUUCUCUCUUUUGUUAGCUUCUGCAUUGGCACAGUUUUCUACAAUAUUAGCGACACUGGUCUUGGAUCCAUCCAAGCUCGAAUAUCAUUGAUCAUGUGUAUAACAUCAAUAUUGACAAUGGCUUCACUUGGAGGAUUCCCCUCUUUUGCAGAGGACAUGAAGGUAUUCCGAAAGGAAAGGUUGAAUGGGCGUUAUGGUGCCACUGCAUUUGUGAUCUCCAACACACUCUCAUCAGCUCCAUUCUUAGGACUUAACUGCAUAAUACCAGGUGCAAUAAUAUAUUAUAUGACUGGUCUCCGACGAGGAAUAGACCACUUCAUCUACUUUGUGGUAGUAUUGUGGGCAUCCACAAUGCUCGUGGAAGGCCUGAUGAUGAUUGUUGCAGCGAUUGUGCCCGAUUUUCUUCUUGGCAUCGUCAUUGGAUCCGGAAUACAAGCGCUACUGUUGCUCGGGUGUGGUUUCUUCAGGCUCCCUAAUGACCUUCCAAAACUUGUGUGGAAGUACCCGAUGUACUUCAUCUCCUACCACAAGUACGGAAUUCAGGGAUUAUACAAGAAUGAAUUCCAAGGAUUAACAUUUGAGGACCAACUAAACCGUAAUGGAGUUCUCUCCGGAGGUGACAACAUACUAAAGAACUAUUUACAAGUGGAGAUAGGCUACUCUAAGUGGGUAGAUCUUGCAAUAAUGUGUGCAAUGGUUAUAAUCUACCGGGCAAUGUUCUUGGCUACGAUAAAGUUGACUGAGAUCCGUGGACCGAUUAUUAAGUGCGGAAGGAUGAAAGUCUAAUGGUGCUAGCUAAUUUAUAUUUUAUAUUUAUUGGCCAAUCAAUUAUGGACGCAAGGAAAAUACAAUAAUUGUCCUUCAAUCUUGUUUAAACCAAAAUUAAAUUUGAUUUUGAAUAUGAUAAUUCUUUCUGGGCUAUCAUAAA